AUCAUAUACAUAUGAAGAAACAUGGCGUCCUUCUUAUUCAAUGGUGCGAUGUGUUGAAUGUAUCGUGCAAGAGAUUUAUAAGUUGUAAUAUAAAAAAAGAAAGAACGAUACAAAAGUGAAAUAUAAUUUUCAACGACGGAUAAAUAAAUUAAGAAAAUGCCGGUCGUAUCGGGAGGUAUGUAUCAACAAGCUCCUUCGUGCUGGGAUAGGAUGAAAUUGGGUUUCAUGAUUGGAUUUUGUGUUGGCAUGGCAUCUGGUGCUUUGUUCGGGGGAUUUUCUGCACUUAGAUAUGGAUUAAGAGGGAGGGAACUGAUAAACAACGUUGGAAAAGUGAUGCUCCAAGGUGGCGGAACAUUUGGUACAUUUAUGGCUAUAGGAACUGGAAUACGAUGCUAGUACUUGAAGACUUGUGCUUCAAAUUUAGGACACAAUGGAUUGUAUAAUGCAAGAGAAUUCUGUUAAUUUGUUAAUAAAAUGUUUCUAUAGAA